CUCGGCGUGUUUCUGUUUGUCCUCCCCCGGCUGUCGGGAGCUUCUCUCCUCCUCUCUCCAGCAGCUGUGCAGAAAGCGGAGGAGCCUGCAGACACACCGACAUGCACCAACGUGGAGGCUGACACACAAGUCGGGCUGCGCGGAGUGAAACCUCUGAACUCAGCCGGUCCGUGUGCGAUGCGCUCCUCCUGACGCCAGCCASCCCAGGAGAGUCGAACCGUCAACCGGCCAGCAGAACCGAUCACAGGUCCGCCGAUUCUUCGCAGGGAGACAGCAGAGCAGCCGGGACGCCCACCUCUCAGAGCUCCAGGAAGAAAACAAAAAAAAUGUCAAAGAGGAGGGGUCAGAAGAAGUUUGUCUUUUUGUCCUUGUUGGUGUCUUGUAURCUUGCUGGUGCCGAGUACUCUAGCUGCGGAGAGUACGAGUUCUUCAACCAGACCAGCAAUAGCUGCCAGGCCUGUCCUCAGUGCCAGCCGGGGCAAGAACCACACAUGAACUGUGGUUACGGUGUGAAGGAUGAGGACUUUGCCUGCGUGCCGUGCCCACAGGGGAAAUACUCGAAAGGAAAGUAUGAGAUCUGCAGGCGCCACAAGGAUUGCGAUGCCCUUUACAAGGCUACUGUUCGUGUAGCCGGAACUCCAGAAAGGGAUGCUGAAUGUGGACCAUGUUUACCUGGGUAUUAUAUGCUGGAGAACAAACCCAGAAACCUCUACGGGAUGGUUUGCCACUCGUGUCAGAAUGCACCACGCAACACCAAAGAAUGCACGCAGCCCAUCAAGUCAAUAGAAAACCGUCCGAUUAAUGCCGGCAGCACAACAGUUUUCCCCAACCCUUCACAAAAAGGUUCACCAGAUCAAGGUCACCUCGCAACCGCGCUUAUUAUUGCCAUGUCAACCAUUUUCAUCAUGGCCAUCGCCAUUGUUCUCAUCAUAAUGUUUUACAUCCUGAAGGCCAAACCCAACAGCCAAGCUUGUUGUACUGGACAGGUUGUGAAAGCAGUGGAGGCGCAGACCAACAAACAGGAGGACAAAAAAGACAUCCCUGACAAUGUGGUGAUCUUCUCAGAGAAAGACGAGUACGACAAACUGAAAGCCCCUCCUCAAAAGACGGUGAAAAGUGAAAACGACGCGUCGUCAGAGAACGAGCAGCUGCUGAGCCGCAGCAUUGACAGCGACGAGGAGCCCACGUCAGAUAAACAGGGUUCGCCGGAGACCCCGACCGCCAACCCCAACCCGUGCCUCGUCGACCUGGGUAACAAACCGGACCUCUCCCUGCUCUCUCUGGGACUCCUGGGCCGCGGCCGCGCCUGCAACGGCACCUCUGCUGUCGUAGCCACCCACGCUAACGGCAUCACAAGUCCCACCCACAUGAACGGCAUCAACCAUAUGGCCUCCAGCAACCACAUCAGCGGUGUGAAUGGGAUCAACAACAAUAAAACACUGGGGAUGCUACAGAGUCGAAGGAAAAAGAUAUUAGACCUUUACGCUAGAGCGUGUAAUGUGAGUGAGGGCCUGAGCCCCACAGAGCUUCCCUUCGACUGCCUGGAGAAGGCGAGCCGCAUGCUGAGCUCGUCCUACAGCAGCGAGGCGGCGGUGGUGAAGACGUGGCGGCACCUGGCCGAGAGCUUCGGUCUGAAACGUGACGAGAUCGGGGGCAUGAGCGACGGCCUUCAGCUCUUCGAGCGAGUGAGCACRGCUGGCUACAGCAUCCCGGACCUGCUCAGCCGCCUGGUGCAGAUCGARCGGCUGGACGCCGUGGAGUCGCUCUGCGCCGACGUGCUGGGGAGCGGCGAGGUGGCGGCAGUGGCUGGACGGCAGAGCAUCAACAGUUUUCACAGCCAGUUGGUCUGUCCCUCCCCGUGCACGUCGCCAUCCCAGCGCUGCGCCAGCGUCUGAAUAUACGGCGGAGCAGACUGAAAAAGACUUGGAAGACUUCCAGUACACAUAUAUGUAAGGACAGAUUUAGUUCUGACAAGGAUGAAUGUGCAUAUAGUGUACACUUUACCCCUAUCACAUGAAGAAUGUCAGUGGGCUCUCUGUCCACRGUCCUUAAUCUGUCAAAAGCUAACAGCCUGAAAGAGUUUUUCCAGAUGCUACAAAGUUUGGAAUUUAUAUUAAAAAAAAGGAAAUCAAUCCUUAUCAAUAGUGACAAUAUAUUCCCUAGUUUGCAAUUUCAGCCUCUUGUCUGUGAGACUAUAAUAACCAAACUUUUAUUUUUAUUAGCAUGUUCUCUUCUUCAAAUGCCAUAAAAUUGUAUAAAAAAAAUAGCUGGAAGGCCUUUGCGCUGGACGCAUCUUUAUCCUUGAAGUUUUGACAUGGAACUCAUAUCCCCACCCCCACCCAGUUAAAGCCAGACACUUGUGUUCGUACAAAGACCGCGGCAUUAGUUAGCAUUCAUGGCUGCUCCGAUGACUGGGCUGUCAUCACACAGGGAAGCCAGCAGAUACAAGCUCCCUACUUAGAAUGCAAUCCUCGUGGCCAGCUGGAAAUGCUAAAAACCAUCAUUCAGCUCAGCUUUCAUCUCGUAAAAUCAUCUGAACUUUAGGCAUCAGUCGACACCCCUCUCCAUCUUUUGCUGAAUCCUAAUUUCAUUAAACACCAUUGCCAAAGAAACACAUUAGACUGAUUUUUCUUCCUUUUUUUUUUCAUUUUUAGUGCAUUGCAAGGAUUGCAUUCUGUAAAGUUGGGGUUUACUCUGCAAUAGUGUUAUCAAUUGAUUAGGUGUGGAUGAAGCAAAUGGAAAUGUUCAACCUCACAAAAAAGCAAAAGAAAGAAACUCCAAAACACAUGGAUUGGUUUUAGGUGUUUAGCAUUCAAGCAUUUGUGCCAUGUACCGACUGAACAUUGUUCUGCCUAAGACCAGAUGCCCUCAAUCCACUGUCAACAACUUAAACCCACAGAUUUAGGUACUCUUCAACUGCAGCUACUUCCUCAGCGGUGACCCAGUCUUUGACCGCGCCCCCCAAUAACUCUGCCUGUUACUCCCCUACACCCCAGUCUUGUGGUCCAGUGCUGCCGCCAUCCCUAAUUUUUUAGCAUGUGGCUCUAUGCCCCUAAUAAGCUGAAAGUGUUGUGGUUUACAGAGCGGGUGCAAAGUGCCUGUGAUUUCCAGCACCUUAUUAAGCAUUUAGGGCCACUUAACCACUGAAAGCCCAGUAGAAAAGCUAUAAAACCCCCUUGCAUUAAAAAAAACAAAGAUUGAUGCCAGGGCAGAUGACUAAUUAAMCAGCCCCAGGGUUCUUGCACUGUGAACGGUGCAAGAAUGCCGCCCGCUGCGUUGGAGGUAGCACUAGCUUCAGCGUCUUUUUCAGCCUUUGUGGUUGGCUCAGUCAUGCUCAGGCAGGAUUUUAGCUCCCCUCGCCCCUAUGGGACCAAUAGACUAAACAAGAACAAUAUGCGUUCGUGUGAGUUCUGGAGAAGCARCUGAGGCUGGUUAGGUGUGUGCGCACGGUUCAGACACUGUUCCUCUGAUAAGCAUCGGGCUAAACGUUUUGAGGAGUUGAUGCUCGCUGCGCCUCUAAUAAUACUCGCUGCAGGUGAAGUUUGCUCGUUUCUGCAGCAACUAUCCGUCACGACUCAAAGUUCUCUGAWGUCAGAGCAAUGCCAAGGGCUGCUUUGAUCUCACUACGUGGAGACAGGACCGAUCUCAAUCUGAUGUUUCCGGUAUAAUGUCCUAGGUCUGCCCUGCAUGUACGUCUCUUCCUCUUAACACWUUUUGUCAUCUCUUCCAUUGCAAUCUGGGGCAGGACUCCUGUACUUUAAAUUAAUUUGCAUACUUGCUUAUUGACUCAGUAAUUUCUUUUUGUUUUUGAUCCAAAGAUUCAACAUAAGCAUAACCCCUUCUCAGUUUUCAGUUCAGUUACGAUUUGAAAUUAUUUUUUUUAUGUUUCAUACGAAUUUUGUGAAAAUAAUUCUGUUGAACUGAAAUGAAAUGGAGCAAACAUUCAGGAACACAAAAAUGUUAUCCAAUAUAUAUAUGAUAUGAUGACAAAACACAGAAGCCAUACAUAAUUACUUACCUCAGUAGCACAUAGAAUAUAUUACAACUUGUAGAAACACACAAAUCAUCACAGAACCAAAGUGUAACUGUAUAUAUAAGUUAUUAUUGUACAUAAAUAUUCCUAAAUAAAGAUGUAUGAUGGAA